AUGCAGUAUUACAUUUCCAUGCUAGCUUUGCUCUCAAUAGUUUUCCAUCUCAGCUUCUUCUUCAUUACAGCUGAUAUUACUAGAUUCGAUGAAAACUAUGAAAUUACAUGGGGAAAUGAUCGUGUCUUGUCUUCAAAUCUAGGCACUCAAAUUCAGCUCUCAAUGGAUGCCUCCUCUGGAUCUGGGUUUAGGUCGAAGCUGAGUUAUGGUAUUGGGUUUUUUCAUUUGAGGAUAAAGCUACCGGAUAAAGAUUCUGCUGGAGUUGUCAUUGCUUAUUACCUAACAUCGAAAGGCAACAAGCAUGACGAGCUGGAUUUUGAGUUCUUGGGGAAUAAAGAAGGGAAGCCUAUUACCUUGCAAACCAAUGUAUUCGCCGAUGGUGUUGGGGAUAGAGAGCAAAGAGUUGUUCUCUGGUUUGAUCCCACUGCUGAUUUCCACAAUUAUCAAAUUCUUUGGAACCAACACCAAAUUGUAUUCUAUGUGGAUGACAUCCCAAUCAGGGUGUUCAAAAAUAACAAAGGCAUUGGCGUUGGGUACCCAUCACAAGUAAUGAGAAUAGAAGCAAGCUUGUGGGAUGGAGAUAGCUGGGCAACCGAUGGGGGCCGAACCAAGACUAAUUGGACCAUGGCUCCCUUCAAAGCUCAUUUCCAAGGCUUCCAUAUCAACGGUUGCCCCAAAUCCGAUCCCAGCUCAAACAAUAAUAGUAAUCAAGAAUGUUUUUCUCCAAAUUAUUGGUGGAAUUCACAGAAAUAUUGGACGUUGGACUCGAAACAGAAAGGACAAUUCGAAAACGUUAGAAGAAAAUACGUGAACUAUGACUAUUGUUCUGACAGGCACCGAUAUCCGGUGCCUCCUCCGGAAUGCCUUCAUCAAUAGCUAGACGACGACAAGGUUCGAAAUGAUCAGUUGAUGGGGUUAACUUGCAAGUUGCAGAAUAAGUGAAAAAUAGAGGCCUGAGGGCAUUAAUAAAAACACAUUAUUUGUCUGUAAGAUGGACAUAAAAUGUUCAAUAAAAAUGUGUGGUCAUUAAAUUCUUACCA